AUGAAGUUCAACAAGGCUGUGUCGGGAUCUAGACCUAAAUGGGCCCUGAAUUUCAAUGCUCCCUCUCAUAUCAGGAGGGAAAUAAUGAGUUACCUCCUCCCAAAAAAGCUCAGGCAGAAAUACAAUGGACAGCAGACAGGAAAGGUGACUCAAGUCUACAGAACGAAAUGUGUAGUCUGUAUUGAACGAAUCAAGUGUGAGAAAGCAAACGGCUGCAGCUACAAGGAUCGUAAGAAGAUUCUGGAAAGAAAGGCCAUGAGCAGAGCCAAGUAUCUGGCAGAGAAGGGCAAGUAA